AUAAUACCAUGACGACGCGCCUGUCACUUCCGAGCUGCGAGCGGCGACCAAUAUCAGACAGACGAUGCGGGAAUUCAAUUGCAAUUCAUGAAAUAAAAGAACGCAUUCCCUUUCGUCGCUGAUAUACCAGGUGUUUUAUUCAAGGAGUAAGGUGUUGCUGCCAUCGUCAUCAGAUAAACACACAAGGGCAGAAGAAGAAGGACCAGGAAAGGAAUACCUUGCCCCGUCAGUGGCAACAGGAUUCAUUCUCUCUCCAACCAUUCACACCUUAGACUUAGAGGAGCUGUCCUGGUGAUAAACUACCUGCUCAGAGCAUAAACCCUGGACCCUACCUUGGGUUCUAAAGUGACACACACACACACACACACACACAGACAGACAGACAGACAGACAGACAGACAGACAGACAGACAGGAUGAAGCUGAAAGAGGAUCUGAACCCAGUGCUGUUGCUGCUCUUCCAGGUGACAGUGUGGCUGUACUCUGUCCUAGCCUUCCUCCCCUCCUACCUCUUCAGCUCUGUGUCAGAAUCAGACGCAGGCCUCGGCUCAGAACAGGAGCGGGCUCAGAGACUCAAGGCCCAGUCUGUGACGGGUCGCCCCGCGGGGCCCUACAGGGCCAUGGGCGCCACCAAGAGGCUGGUGUCGUCCCUGCACCCCGGGGUAGACACACUGGAUAAGGUGUUUGAGGAUGCAUCCAGAAGGUUCCCUGACAGAGACUGCCUGGGCACCAGAGAGGUGGUCAUGGAGGAGGAUGAGAGACAGAGCAACGGAAAGGUCUUCAAGAAGGUGAUCCUGGGGCAGUACCGCUGGCUGUCCUAUGCCGAGACCCACAAGGCGGCAGCACGCUUUGGCAGUGGUCUUGCAGCGUUGGGCCAGAGGGCCCACAACAACAUUGCCAUCUUCUGUGAGACCAGGGCCGAAUGGGUCAUAGCCGCACAGGCGUGCUUCAUGCAAAACUUCCCCUUGGUCACUCUGUACUCUACCCUGGGGGGUCCGGCCAUAACUCACGGUCUGAACGAGACAGAGGUUAGUCACAUCAUCACCAGCAGAGAGCUACUGGAGACCAGACUCAAGUUCAUCCUGCUGGAGGUGCCCAGGCUGCAGCACAUCAUUGUGGUGGAUGACACACCCACCAAGUGGCCUGGUUACCCACGAGGCAUCAGUGUCCACAACAUGGCUACCGUUCAGGAGCUGGGGACCAAGCCUGAGAAUGGUAAACACACAGUGUCUCGUGGGCGUAAACAGCCCAUGCCCUCUGACAUCGCUGUCAUCAUGUACACCAGCGGCUCCACUGGCGUACCCAAGGGCGUCAUGAUCUCCCAUAGCAACAUCAUUGCUGGCAUCACUGGCAUGGCAGAAAGGAUACCCAACCUGGGUGAGAAUGACACCUACAUCGGGUACCUCCCCCUGGCCCAUGUGUUGGAGCUGAGUGCAGAGCUGGUGUGUGUGGCUCACGGCUGCAGGAUUGGCUACUCCUCCCCCCAGACGCUAGCGGACCAGUCAACAAAGAUUAAAAAAGGCAGUAAAGGAGACACCAGUGUUCUGCAGCCGACUCUAAUGGCAGCUGUGCCGGUAAGACACAUACAUUACUGUACUGUCAAUGUAGGAUUGCAAAUGCUGAUGCUCCAGAUACUCAACUAGUCUAAAGGCCAGUUGUAUUACUUCUUUAAUCAGCACAACAGUUUUCAGCUGUGCUAAGAUAAUUGCAAAAGGGUUUUCUAAUGAUCAAUUAGCCUUUUAAAAUGAUAAACUUGGAUUAGCUAACACGACGUACCAUUGGAACACAGGAGUGAUGGUUGCUGAUAAUGGGCCUCUGUACACCUAUGUAGAUAUUCCAUUAAAAAUCAGCCGUUUCCAGCAACAAUAGUCAUUUACAACAUUAACAAUGUCUACACUGUAUUUCUGAUCAAUUUUAUGUUAUUUUGAUGGACAAAAAAUGUGCUUUUCUUUCAAAAACAAGGACUUUUCUAAGUGAUCCCAAACUUUUGAACGGUAUUGUAUGUUUACAUUGCCAAAGGAAGUGAAAUGGAUAAACAAAAGUGAUUUUUUUUUUAAAAAGUGAACAGUAAAUAUUACACUCACACAAGUUCCAAAACAAUAGAGA